AGGGAGAAGAAGAAGGAGGAGUAAGAGAGGGGGAAAGAAAGAGGAAAAGAGUGCGAGGGAGUGAGGGAGGGAGGAAAAUAAACAACAAAAAAUGUCCUCUUCCUCCCCCACCGGGCAGAUUGCAAGUGCGGCGGACAUCAAGCAGGAGAAUGGGAUGGAAAGCGCCUCGGAAGGGCAGGAGGCGCCCCGAGAAGUGGCGGGGGGCGCGGCGGCGGGGCUGAGUCCCCCGGCUCCAGCCCCUUUCCCCCUGGAGCCGGGGGACGCCUCGGCCGCCGCCGCAAGGGUGAGCGGAGAGGAAGGGGCAGUGGCGGCAGCGGCGGCGGAUCAGGUACAACUCCACUCGGAACUUCUGGGCAGGCACCACCACGCCGCGGCCGCCGUCGCCGCCGCCGCCGCCGCCGCGCAGACCCCACUGGCCUUCUCGCCCGACCAUGUCGCCUGCGUGUGCGAGGCGCUGCAGCAGGGGGGCAACCUGGACCGCCUGGCCCGGUUCCUGUGGUCCCUGCCCCAGAGCGACCUGCUACGUGGCAACGAGAGCCUGCUGAAGGCGCGGGCGCUGGUGGCCUUCCACCAGGGCAUCUACCCCGAGCUCUACAGCAUCCUCGAGAGCCACAGCUUCGAGUCGGCCAACCACCCGCUGCUGCAGCAGCUCUGGUACAAGGCGCGCUACACCGAGGCCGAGCGAGCCCGCGGCCGGCCACUGGGCGCCGUGGACAAGUACCGGCUGCGCAGGAAAUUCCCCCUGCCCCGCACCAUCUGGGACGGCGAGGAGACGGUGUAUUGUUUCAAGGAGAAGUCGCGCAACGCGCUCAAGGAGCUCUACAAGCAGAAUCGCUACCCUUCGCCCGCCGAGAAGCGGCACCUGGCCAAGAUCACCGGCCUCUCCCUCACCCAGGUCAGCAACUGGUUCAAGAACCGCCGGCAGCGCGAUCGGAACCCCUCAGAGACCCAGUCCAAAAGUGAGUCAGAUGGCAAUCCCAGCACUGAAGAUGAAUCCAGCAAGGGCCAUGAGGACUUGUCUCCUCAUCCACUCUCCGGUUCCUCGGAUAGUGUUGCCAACCUCAGCCUUCCCAGUCACAUGGAGCCAGUAUACAUGCAACAAAUUGGAAAUGCUAAGAUCUCAUUAAGCUCUUCUGGAGUUUUGUUGAACGGAAGCUUGGUGCCCGCUAGUACUUCACCUGUCUUUCUUAAUGGUAAUUCUUUCAUUCAGGGACCCAAUGGAGUCAUCCUUAAUGGACUAAAUGUGGGGAAUACACAGACUGUGUCAUUGAACCCACCAAAAAUGGCCUCAAACAUUGUGAGCAAUGGUAUAUCCAUGAGUGACAUACUUGGGUCUACCUCCCAGGAUGUGAAGGAAUUCAAAGUCCUCCAGAGUUCUUCAGCUAACUCAGCAGCCACCACGUCUUACAGCUCCAGUGCCCCUGUGUCAUUCCCAGGGCUCAUCCCCAGCACUGAGGUAAAAAGAGAAGGUGUUCAAACAGUGGCUUCCCAGGACGGAGGCUCUGUGGUGACUUUUACUACACCCGUGCAAAUUAACCAGUAUGGCAUUGUCCAGAUCCCCAAUUCCGGAACGAACAGCCAGUUCCUUAAUGGGAGCAUUGGAUUCUCUCCACUGCAGCUGCCUUCUGUUUCCGUAGCCGCUUCACAAGGUAAUAUUUCAGUAAAUUCAAGCACUUCAGAUGGGAGCACAUUUACAAGUGAGUCCACCACAGUCCAGCAAGGAAAGGUUUUCUUGAGCUCUCUUGCUCCCAGUGCAGUGGUAUACACUGUUCCUAAUUCAGGCCAGACUAUAGGAUCUGUUAAACAGGAGGGCUUGGAGAGGAGCCUGGUAUUUUCUCAGUUGAUGCCUGUCAAUCAGAAUCCACAAAUAAAUGCAAACCUGUCUUCUGAAAAUAUCUCGGGGAGUGGCCUCCAUCCAUUGGCCUCCUCAUUAGUUAACGUAUCCCCAACUCAUAAUUUUUCCCUGACUCCCCCUACCUUACUAAAUCCCACUGAGCUAAACCCUGACAUUGCUGAGAGCCAGCCAAUGUCUGCACCUGUGGCAAGCAAGUCUACUGUGACAUCUGUCAGCAACACUAACUAUGCAACUCUUCAGAACUGUUCCCUCAUUGCUGGUCAAGAUCUGUUGUCAGUCCCCAUGACCCAGGCUGCCCUUGGGGAAAUUGUUCCUACGGCUGAAGACCAGGUGGGUCACCCUUCCCCAGCAGUACACCAGGAUUUUGUCAGAGAACAUCACUUGGUUCUGCAAUCAGUAGCUAACAUAAAAGAGAAUUUCUUAACAAAUUCUGAGGGCAAAGCCACAAGCAACUUAAUGAUGCUGGACUCAAAAUCCAAGUAUGUCCUAGAGGGCAUGGUCGAGACUGUCUGUGAAGAGCUGGAAACAGACAAAAAAGAGCUUGCCAAGCUCCAAACUGUCCAGUUGGAUGAAGAUAUGCAAGACUUAUAAACUUGUUCCCGCCCAUCCCUCCACCCCCGCCCUUUUUUUCUGGCAUCAGCAGGCAGAUCUUUUCAUGAAGCCCUGAGGACAUAAAGCAUUUUCCCAUUUACAGGGAAACACUGGUUUUGUGAGUAAAUGCAUUUGAGGGACUGGAUUGAUCUGCAUGAAGAUCACAGUUAAAUAUACAAGAGUAGAACUGCGUUGCCGCAGCUUCUUCGUUCACGAAUGUUCUCUCUUAAAUAGGUGGAGACAAAGGAACAAGAUGAAAUAUACCAAGUCAAAGUGUAUCAUUUGGUUGACUUAAUAUAAUUCUAAGGUCAAAUGGAACUCUAUAGUUCUUUAAAUUUAAACUGUAUACACCUGACAUUGGCUUUAGAAACAAUACACUUAUUUUUUGUUUACUUUUACUCCAUGGGCAUUGAUGAGGUUAAGAAGCAUAAAUGGUACUCCGCACUAUUGUAAGGGUUUAUUUUUUAAUAUAUGCAUUUCUGUUUCUCAGCCUUUUUUGUGAAAGUCUUGGUUUGUCUCCACACAUUUCCAAAUGUGCUUGCUAAUAGUCCAGUGGGGCUGAGAAAGUUUGCAACUCCACUAAAAACGCUGAAACAAACUUCAGUAUGAGUGUAAAUAUAUUAGUCCUCUAAGCCAGGAUUUGAGGAAUUACAGUGAAUUUUAUUUAUGCUGUAUAUGUUUCUCUUAUACUUCAGACACUAUGAACUGAAAAGAAAAAUGUUUUCUUACUGUUUAAUUUAUUUUUAUUGCUUGAACAGGAAGUGAACAUAGUUAUUUCCAACAAAGUUUUACUUUUUGUAGGAUUUUAAAAGUGAUGAUUUUUAUCAGGAGUCUAUUAUGGUCAAUAUUAAUAACACUGAAACAGGCAAUCUAACUCCCAAUAUUGGAAUUUUGGUACUUUUUUUCACAUCCUUGUUCUUUAUUUAGCAACUCUCUGAUUCAUUUAAAUAUGUUUUCUAUAGAAUUCUAUGUGCCUUUUUACCUUGUGGCCUUUUAAUUAUUCUUAAGGUACAGAAGUGUCAACAAAAGCACUGAUGGCUCUUUUCUAUCUAACAGGGUUAUUUUCACCACAAAAUUGCUUUAAAUCUGCAGAAUUAAGUUUCACUUAUGUAAUUACGUACAUUUAUGAUGUAAAUGGAUGAUCAACUGAUACAUUGUUGAUGCUUUUCAUUACGACGAAAAUAACAAUCAUAGAUUACCAUGUAAAAUGAAUUCUGUAGACUAUGAAAACAGCCUUUUUAAACUACAGAAAGAAUUAUGUAAAUUCUCUGGAGCAAAACUCUGCCCUGAUGAAACUUAGUUCUAGGUGUUUUGAAUCAGUUGUUACAUGAUGAUGACAUACAACUGUUACUUGCACUAUAUUAUCAUGUCUUAUUUAAAAGUAAAUCUUUUGGGGUUUCUUUGAGAAGCUUGCUUGAUAAUGUUGUGAGCUGUGGUUAUAGUUUCUAUCUAUCAGGACCGAACACAAAAUGGAAUAAUGCAAAUAUAUUUAGGUAGGGAGUGAAGUCUUUUGGUGACUGCAAAGCAAGAAAUGGGAGAAAAUGAUGUCUUCGAAGAUGACUUAAAGUCAUCGAACAUAAAGCUGUUACCAGUCUUGCUCUCUUCAAGAUCAGAACAAAGAGUAUACUCUUGAUCCCAACAGGCCCAUCCGCUAAGCAUGUUGAAUAAGGGCCAUAGAGGACUUCACUUUUCUUGUUAUUCCAAAUGGAAAUCACAGACGUAGAUGAAGAGCCCUAUCAAGACUUCUUCCCAUCGUUUCGUUAAAGAACUUAGAUCCCCCCCUUUUUUUUAUGGAAUUAGUGAAUGUUCUUAAACUGCUGAAACUACAGUUUUUCGUCUUUUUUUUUUUUUUAACAGUCAGGUGUUUUAGAGUUCUCUUCCACUCCAUCACUCCUUACUCAGCUUGUUUUUUGUUGUUUUUUUUUUUGUAGGUGUGUGCUGAUCAUGUUACUGAGAUUAAUUAUAUGGCUCUGUAGUGUAGUUUACAUGAAGAUGAUGUUUUUUCACUUGAUGGCUGCAGAUAUCGAGAGUUUUGGUUCAUUAUUUUACAAUACUGAUCUAAUAAGGGAAACAGGAAGAUCUAAAAAGUUAUAUAUAGCAUAUAAAUAACUGGAAAAGUUUCAUAUGUCUUCCAAAAAUAUAAUAAGCCUCUCUUUUAUUCAAAAUUCUUCCUCUUUUUUUCCCUUAAGAAAAAGGAAAGAUAGCACAAAGCUUAAGACUUACCUAGGAAAUCCAUUCAUACUCCUAACAUGAUGUAAUUAUACCCCUACAAUGACUCCAGGUAGCUACACAAUAUACCAGGUAAGAAUCAAUGCACAUUAUAAAGAACUUACUGUUCUUUUCUAUUCUUUCAGUAAAAUAAGGGCCAGUUGGUUUAUAGCCCAUACAUAUGUGAAUGAAAUAAGAUAAACCCCAUGAUCUCCUUGCACAGAAUUGCAAAUGUUUUUUUGCAAUACCAAGGGCCAGACUCAACCCUUGGAGUUCAUGUGGCAGAAUUUCUCUUACAUAAACCAAUGCUUGAAGAUGCUGCAAAUGACCCUCAAAUGAUCCCCAAAGAGGAAUCAGAAUGGGGUAAAAACUCUCCCUGCAAACCCCAACCCCUGCUGCUGGCUGUAGGAUUUUUGGUGUGAGGCUCUCGAUGCACUCGAUGCCAGAAUGUGGCAUUUAGCUCUUAGUUACAGCUAGUAAAGAACAGUUUUAUCAUUUAAAGAGGCGGUACAUUUGUUCCUCAAGCAAGCAAGAACACCUGUGUUGUAGUGUUUCCUAGCUCGUGUAUAUUUAUAGUAAUGAAAAGACUGACUCGUACACAUGUUUCAGUGCCUUUCUUGUGUUAUGAAAGGCAAGUAGAUGUUAUAGCCAUAGGUAAAAAUGUGUAGUUAAAUUGCACACUGACCUUAAAUCUCCCUGUAUAUGCCCGUGCAUCUUGCAUGUCAAAAGUUGGAUUAUUGGGCAUGUGUUGCAGCCUGCCUGCUACAUGUUAGGCAAGUGUGCAUUAGUACAUAGAAGUUAUUCAUUCUUUUACAAUGUUUUUGACAGAUCAUCUCAUCAUAAAAAUAUAAAUAAUUCAGGACAUUUGUGGGGAAAGAAUUACAUUUUAUGAAAGAUGUUUCAAAGUCUUCCUAGAACUUAGAUGAUAGAGCCUAAGAGUUAUUUUGUAUCUAGUUGAUACAUUUCAUGUUAAUUUAAUAUUACAACCAUACAUUUUAUUAAUCAAAAUUAUGUAGCAUGUGACUCUUUUGGCUUUCAGGGUUCUCAAUUUUUGUUCUUUUGUUGCAUGUACUGUAUGUUUAGAGGAGACCGGUUAUAUACUCAAUAUGGUUUUACUGUGCCUUACACAAAGAGAAAAUCUAUUCAGAAUGUAUAUCACGGGGUGGGGUAACAGAGUCUCUACUGCACUGUUAGGUGAUGGCACACAGAGCAUGUCCCAGAACAUUUCUGUGCUUAAUUACCCAACCAAAGAGAUCUAAAGUAUGUAUGUUGUACUGUAAUAGGGGUUUAUGCCUGGACAGUUAAGUGUUUUAUUUGUUUUCUGAAAUGAUGUGAACUUAUUUUUCUAAACACUAUGCUAAAUAAACUUUAUAUUUAUACAUA